GUUUCGCCCAGCUCCGUGCCCCGGGUCGCCACUGCCGUGCCGGCGCCGCCGGUGCCGCACACGGCCCGGGGCCCGGGCGAACGACCGAUGGCGUAUGUCCUGCGGUCGCCGCGGCUGAAUACACAGCAGGUCAUUUUUUGGCCAACAGUGCAGACAGUUCAGAAUCUUCCGGUGCCCAGCCCAAAUGGUGUGAGCCCGCGACAAAUCUCCAGCGCAGGUGAUCCUUUGCGUUUUUUGGGGUCUGGCUAUCCACCCAGACAGAUGCUCGCUGCGCGGAAAGGAGCUGAUGGAGCCGUUGAGGAUGCGGUGAGCAGCUACAUUCCAGCCGAGGUGAAUUGCAUGAGACCGCUGACCACCAAGGUCUUUGGUCCGCCAAAGGUGAUUGCCCGACCUAUCGUGCAGGAUCCGAAGCGCAGCAACCCCAUCAUACGAAGCUUCAGUGGAGUUGUUGCGAAGGAAGUAGCCGAGUCCCCACGAGCUGACGCCUCACCAGGAGCCGAAGCCCCUGCCGCCAGCGCUGCCACCACCACCCCAGCCACGCCAGCCACGCCCAGCACACCAGCCAUGGCAGCCAUGGUGGCCAGGCCCAGUGCGCCUGCUGCGCCUGCUGCGCCUGCUGCGCCUGCUGCGCCCGCCAUGGUGGCUGCGCCCAGCAGCAGUCCCUCAGUGCCUGGGGUGCCAGCCGUCGUGGCGAAUCUGGCGAAUCUGGCGAAUCCUGAAGCCAUGAAGGUUUCCAAAUCCAUGCCCCCAACGAAAGUCAUGGAGUCGCCACCGAUCUCAGUGCACCAGGAGCCGAUUCGACUUCGUUGGCCGAUAGGCUCUUCGACGCCAACUUCGUCAACACCUUCAGUGCUGGUGUGGCACGGCUAUGCCAGCAGUCGGCAGGGCACUGCUGUGGUGCCUUCGCCGAAACUGCAGACGCGGAGGGUAGCCUUGGGAAGCCCCGAGGGAAGCCCUACGGCAUCUGAACCCAAGGAAGGCUCAACGGAAGGGCCGAAGGAUGUCCCCAAGGAUGGCGCCAAUGGAAGUGGGCUUAAAGAAGGGCUCAAUGGGACCAUUGGGACCACUGCGACCUUCAGCACUGGCACACCUAUCACCACUCCUAGGGAGCUGGCUGAUAGGUUUAUGGCUGGGACCUAUACGCCACCACCACCUCACUUCCAGAUGUUUCGGAGCACCAGCACUCAGCCCAGCGACAUGAGACCGACAUCUCCUCAUGGAAGGCUUGGAGUGACUGUCAGGAACCUCUCACCACAGACGCGUGGCGCUGGGGGCGCUCUGAUUUCGCCUUCGCCCCUGUCGUUCUCCUCUCGGCAGCCGCCGGUUCCCAGGAGAUCUGGCUCCCCUUUGAGCUCCAAGGCGUUGGCUGAUCUUCAUUCGGCUCCCACGACCGUUGCUUCGCCAAUGACGCGACAACGAACCCUGCCUGGGAACCUGCAGCCUGAAAGGUCUGCCACGAAGAUCUUGACCGCUCCCGUUGCGCCGUCGUUGGAGGUGCAAGCCUCACGUUCGUCUGUCGCACCAGAGCUGACCUCUGACAAGCCUCCGGCCCGGGCCGUUGGCGAGGGCCGCGCCAGUGAGAUUCAUCGUCGACGCUGGCGGCGUCCCUCCAACCCGGCGAUACCACAUCGCCCAACAGAGGCGCCUGGUACCUCCCAUCAUGAUGGCAGUGACUUUACCCCAGCUGUCAUGAGGCUGCAAGAGAAACUCGGCUACCUCGCUGAAGAGGGAACUGUCUCCCUUUGAGGGCGCACAGGCCGAAACAGAACUCAGUGAAGCCAAAGCUCAGCGGUGACAAAGACACUUCACUGUUCAGCAAUGGCUGCGUUUGAUGUUUGAAGACGGGUUGUCUCAAAGGGUACCUCAAGAUUCUGAAUCAUCUGAAUCAUCAUUUUCCAGACUAAAACUAGCAUUUCAUACAGAUCCGACAGAUCCAUAUCUCGGAACAGAGAUGGGCAAAAAGGAUGUUGCAAAGGGUGCAAAGGGCCACCCUGGCAACACACAUCCCAGUUGAGCGACCUGUCAAUGCCGUCAGUUUGAAA